GACGAAAUCAUAUGGCAUGACUGUACAAGUAGAGCCGUGUCAUGUGCAGUAUGACCCGGUCAUCAGUUUCUAAUUCUAGAAUUUCUUAUUAAAUUGUGCAGCUUCCUGAUCCAACUGCACUGCACUUUCCCCUACCCCCGAUGUACGUAAACGACGACAUUCACAUAUCGAUCAAAAUGGGGCUGCUGCUAGCCGGUGUGGGCACCGCGUUUUUCCCGCUAGUUUACUUCAGUUUCCGACAACUUCUCAAGCAACGGACGGCGCACUUGGCCAACUCGGCGGAAAUCGUGUCCGUGGUGGCGAUGAGGUUGACAUCUAUACUUCAGGCCCUUAUGUCAUCCUUCGCUGGUUUUGUUGCCAUUUGCUACUGUAACACCGACCUUGUGCAUGAUAGACAUUGGAUCAUCAAUGCAUACACCCAUUUUGGUCUACCCUACAUGCUGUAUGACAUCCUGGCGAUGUGUGAAGCCUUCCGUCAGGAGAGCAAGCAUCUCUUACAAUCGUCGCCGGUCACCGUGGCCGUAGAAUUCAUCAGGGUUCAUUGGCUGAUGAUCUUCCAUCACCUGGGUCUUGCUUGCAUAUGCCUACCAAUUAUCUUGUUUUACCGUAAUGAUAAGGGGGAUUUCUUCAUUGGCUGCAUGUUUAUGACAGAAGUCAGCACACCGUUCGUUAGCAUGAGGGCCAUUAUGAGAAAGGUCAAAUGGGACAACAAGUUCCCCAACCUAUACCUCUUUGUCAGCGUGAUGCUUCUCACGACAUUCUUCGUGUUCCGUAUCAUGAACUUUCCCUUCAUGUAUUGGCUCUACGGCCGUACCGUCGGCCUCUCCGUCUGGCAAGUUCCCGGACGGAUAGCCCUCAAGUGCAACGUCAUCUCGGGGCUCAUCUUCCUCUUCCAGUGCUACUGGUUCCUCUUGAUCCUCCAAGCAGGAGGGAGGAUGCUGACUAAGAUGUCCAACAAACCGUCUGGACAAGGCUUGGAGACUAACGGCGUCGCGCACAAGUCUCACUGAGGUAUGCUGGCGAGAAAUUGUGUGUGUUCAGAAAUAUUCCACGGCGUUCUGAGCAGUGUACAGCCAAUCUUGCAAUAUAUACUUUGCUAUGCUGAAGCUGAUGCCUGUAUUUAAUACACACUGAUCAGUCAGGCUUGAAUUGAAUUUAUACAAACUUGCAGCAUGAACCUCUGUGGGCAAUCCACGGCAUUCCAUUUCUGAGCCAUUUUUGUGCUCCGUUACCAGAACUGUUGUUACUGCAGACUGGGAUGGGACUAGGCAUGCAUUUAUUGCAAGAAGACUUAAAAGUGAUUGAGAUUUUGGCUCUUAUCGCUGGUGGUGACUUUUGAAAGCUAUGGAUGCUCCUGUUAUGAGUUUCAUGCGGAGUUGUGUGGAUAUACAAAGAAAAGGCGGUUCAUGUCAGGUGUUAAUAACGAAGACAGGCUUUACGCCAUUGCAGACUUUUUGACAAACAAAGCGGACUCACAUUCCAAUUUUUUUCCAUUCUUCACAAACCGAAGGAAAAGGUUAUGAGACGCUUAAUCAUUGAAAAUCUCUUGUCUUUGUGGAAUCAGUCAUAACAAGGGCACAAUUUCUUUUUGUUGCUUACCAUUUCUGCUAACUAAAUGUAUCCCAGGUAUUUCUGCGCUUACGGUAAGCAUUUUUCAUGGGUUAGAAAAAACUUGUGGCUUAUGCACACGCAUAUGUACCUGAAAGGAGUCUGUGCUUAUAGGGUUAGCACAGAGUGGGGAUUAUAAGCUUGGAAUUCUGGGGUUAGCAGGGCCGUGACAUUAGGCUGAGGGCAAAAGUGAUUUUGGGGUGAAAUUUAUCGGUACUGCCUGUGUCAUUUGUGAUCAAUGUGGUACAAUGUCAACAAUUUUCGUUUAUUUUUAAACAGUUGCACCUGAAAAACGUAGAUCACUUUGAGAAAUCAUUUUGGAGGGAAAAAAAAAUUGGACAGCUUUAGCCGUUUGCAGAAAAUAGCAAUAUCAUGUGUGUGGCACUGUGUGCAGAAGUUAUUAUGCAAGUAUGGUAGAUUUACUACAGCAGAGAUCGAUGUUAUAUUUUUGAAUUGUUGAUUUGUUUUGAAAUGAUAAGCGAAUGAAAAUUAACACCAGAACUAGUUGUUCAAGGAGUUACGAUGCUUGGUUUGUCUCAAACCCACAAGUGAGCAUUUGUCAAGCUGUUGUGGCAUUUUCAGCUGGGAUUUCACCACCUCAGUGUGCAUUUACGGCAAGUGUUAAAAACAAAAAGUAACC